AUAUACUCGGAAGUCCCCAAAUGCUAAACCGUGCCAUCAGCUUUUGAUUGAAGAGAAAGACAUAUAUACAAAGCUAAAACCUAAACUCGAAACAAAGAUCAACAUCCAUGGCUAUCUUCAACACUCAUAACACAUGGGCCUUUGCCUUCGGCUUGCUCGGAAACCUCAUUUCCUUUGCUGUUUUCCUCUCCCCCGUACCAACGUUCUAUAGGAUUUGUAAAAAGAAAACCACUGAAGGAUUUCAAUCUCUUCCGUAUGUGGUGGCCCUCUUCAGCGCGAUGCUUUGGCUCUACUAUGCUACACAGAAGAAAGAUGUCUUCCUUCUCGUCACCAUCAACUCCUUUGGCUGCGUCAUUGAGACCAUCUACAUCGCCAUAUUCAUAGCCUUCGCCACCAAAGAAGCACGAAUGUUUACGGUUAAGCUCUUGUUGCUAAUGAACUUUGGAGGGUUCUGUGUAAUUCUCCUUCUCUGCCAAUUCUUAGCAAAAGGAUCGACACGUGCUAAGAUAAUCGGAGGAAUCUGUGUCGGAUUCUCUGUCUGCGUUUUCGCUGCGCCGCUUAGCAUUAUCAGAACGGUUAUAAAAACAAAAAGUGUGGAGUACAUGCCGUUUAGCUUAUCCUUGACACUUACCAUCAGUGCGGUCGUCUGGCUCCUUUAUGGUCUCGCUCUUAAGGAUAUCUACGUUGCUUUCCCGAACGUGAUUGGGUUUGUUCUCGGUGCACUUCAAAUGAUACUUUAUGUGGUUUUCAAAUACUGCAAAACGCCGUCGGAUUUGGUGGAAAAAGAAAUCGAAGCUGCUAAGUUGCCAGAGGUGAGCAUCGAUAUGCUGAAGCUAGGUACACUGAUGGCAUCUCCUGAACCAGCAGUGAUCACAGUCGAGCGACCGGUGAGCAUGUGUGUCUGCAACGAUAAGAAAGCUGAAGCUGAAAAUGGAGCUUGAAAAUAUAUUGACUUUGUACUCGAACUUGAGAUGCCUAUAUCAUCAUCCACAUGUAUUUUUCUAAGUUUAUUAAGUGUGUGAAGUCGAGGAUUAAUUCUCUCGGGAUUUACAUUUUCCUGAGAUGAUUAUUCUCUUCUUCUUUAUAUAUCGAUAUGAAUAUCACUUAAUUUUCAUUAUAA